GCACAGUUUCACUUUUGUAGCUCCUCAGAGGUCUGGGCGUUGUCCGUCUUUAUGUCCUAAUCAAAGUCUGAAGAUCUCUGGUGGAUUUAAAGGAGCUUCAAGUUGGAUCACAUUCCAGUUUGUUGCUUGAUGCAGAUGUUGUUCUCUGUGUUUAGCAGGAAACAGUGACAUUUGUUUACAUGUUUACUGUAAGGUUAACGUAUUGUUGUCACUGAACGCUCCACCUCUCAGCUCCACCUUUUUCCAUGAAGCCGUCGAGGCGAGUCCUUUAUUCAAACUGAGACUUAGUUAGCCUAAAUUGGAGUUUCUUUUUUAUCCUACCAGAGCACGAACAGAAAUUCUUCUUAAAUUUAAACUCUGUUCACUGUUGUUCUUCAGAGGAUUAAUUUGAACCAGAGUUAAACUGGUUGAGGUGCCAUAUGAGGAAAUGGUUGUUUUAACUCCGUCACACUUGCCUGUUGUGCUUUCUGUCAUCUUCUUCAUGCUUGUUUCUGCAGAUCAGAUCACUAUGACAGCUAAACCUGGAGACAACGUCACUCUGCCAUGCAGAGCUGCUGAAAACGAAGCUCUUAUAGCAGCCGAGUGGAGCAGAACUGAUCUGGAGUCAGAGCCGCUUCUUCUCUGCAGGGACACCAUUUAUCCAGAGGGUCAGUGUUCAUGCUUUCAGGACCAGGUGUCCCUGCAGAGUCAGGGUCAUGGAGACGUGUCCUUGAUUCUGAAGAAUGUGACGACCAACGAUACGGGAACGUAUGAGUGUCGAGUCGUUCAGAUGAUGAAUGAUCGCAGGAAGAGAUCCAAUCUGGACAUCCAACCCAUCCGCAUCUUUAAGCUGAGAGUUGAACCAGGGAACGAGGACAAACGGAAGAAGGAUGGAGGAAAAAAUGUUGGUGAAAAGCAGAAACAAGCUGAAAAUGGUGGAAAUGCUCUUCACACUGUUGGUGUUGUUCUAUUUAUUGCAGUUGUUUUCAUUACUGGAUUUUUGUUCUUAUACUGUUGCAGGGAUCAGUUGCAAACAGCAUGCCGAAAUUUUCUCCAUCUCUUCCCUAUCCCAUUUCUUCCCAGAGGAAACUGAAAAAAAAGUUUUCUAGGGAAUUACAACCAAAACCAUGCAUUUUGCAUAAUUUACAUUUAUUUACUUGGCAGCUUCUUAUUUGCAUUUGCCUUAGUUUCCUUGUUAGUUGCUUUUCUGAGAUCACUCAGUCUAGGAUAGUAAAGUUUAAGACAACAGAGCUUAAAAUCUACAGAUUCUAAAUUGUAUGUUUGAAUCCAGCUAAACUGCUGCAUGGCCUUAAAUUGAGCUUCUUACUUUGGGUGAAGUUGAAGUUUGCUCACCUGUGUAAGAGUCUGCAGUUAUACUGAAAGUUUGCAGUAGGGAGAAAUUCUGAAACUGAAAAAUAUCUGAUGCAUAAAACUGUAUGUCACUGCAUAUGUUGCCUUUAUAAGUCUGAAUUUGUGAUGAAUCUUGUUUAUUUAUUUGCGUUAGGGUCUGAUGACAUGUUUCCAUAUUUUAAAUAUAUUCUGCCAUAUAUUGCUCAUGUUUCUUUACAUACAUUUCAUUUAUGUUUACAUAUAUUUUUCUAUAUAAAAUACAUUUAAAUUGUAAUAAAUGAUGGAAAUGACA